GUAAGCACAUAUUUGACAUUGACAAAAAAAAAUGUGUUCUCCUUGUGUUCCAUUUCUCACCAUGAGCUUUUUCCUAAGUUGCGAUUGAUAUAUUGUUUGCAAAGAUUUAUCAACUCAUCUAUUUAUAUACUUAACAACAUUGCAACAAUGGAAGCAUAUGAACAAAGAAAGCUUGAUGUUGCUAAACCAGCUAGUACAGACAUACUGUCUUUAAAUAAUAAGAUUAUUAUGAUGAGACCAGCUGUAAAGAAGGCUAAAGGUCAGACAGUACAAAAGAUAAUAAGGAGGGUAAAAAGUUUAAGGAAUAAAAAAGGCACAGAAGAAGAAAAAAAUAAGGACAAAAGAAAGAUUGAGAGACAGUUAGAAGUUAUGUAUGCCAUCAAGGACUUGAAACUUGACAAAGUUUCCAAAUUUGCCAUUGGAUAUGAUUCAGUCCUUCAAGAAAUAACUGAAAAGUCCGAUGCCUCUGCAGAAAUGAAAGCACUAGCUAGACUAUCAGAACAUACUGCAAUGAAAGAUGAAGUUGACAAAUUUAGAAAGGACCAUGAUGACUGGAAGUCCUUAUCAGAGUUUCUUCUUAACCACAUUCCUAGGCGUUUUUACAAAAAUAAAUACAAGGAAUCGAAAUCUAAAAUGGUAACAAAUGUUAAUGCAGGAAAUGUUUUAGUAAAGACUUACUUGGAAAGUAAAAUAGGAAAGGAUUCAGAAUUAACUGUAGAAGAUAAUAGUGGUGUUUCGGUAAAUGCAUCAGACAUAAAACUGGUGAAAAAAUCAACGGAAAUCGAAAAAGUAAGUCCAGGACAGACAACUCAAGUUAAAGAUGAAAGUCCACAAGAAUUAACAAAAGUAAUGCCAGAAAUAUCAUGUAUAUUAACAAAUGUUAAUGAAGAAACCAAAAAAUCAACGGAAAUUGAAAAAGUUAGCCCACAAAAGACAAGUAAAGUUAGAGAUAAAAGUCCAAAAAAAUUUACAAAAAUAAUGGAAGAAAAACAUAAAUUAACAAAUGUUAAUGAAGAAAGUGAUACAAGUGAGGUAACUGAAAAACAGACAAAUGAAAAAGAGGACAGUAAUUCAAAUGGAGAUAAUGAUUCUUUGAUAGAAAGUGAAAAUAAUGAAAUUUCUGAUGGCCAAGACAAUGCUGAAAGUGAAAGUAGAGAAGAAGAUUAUGACAAUGCUGAAAAUGAAAGUAGAGAAGAAGGUUCAGACAAUGCUGAAAGUGAGAUAAGUGAGGAAGAUUCAGACGAUGAUGAACAGGUUGAAAGUGAGAAUGAAGACCACACUAAAAUUAAAGGUGAAAUGGUAGUCAAGAAAUUGAACAUGGAUGACCUAGUUAAUAGCAAAGAUGAAGAUAUCCCAGAUUUUCUUAUAGCCAAUUCGAAGGAGGAAAACAUUUCAAAAGUGAGAAAAUCUAAAGAUUCAUUCUUUGAAAGAAGAGAUAGUGAUAAUAGUGAUGAUGAAGUUUCAGACCGUAAUCUAUCUUCUACCCAUAGUGACAGUGAAUCAGAUGACAAUGACAUGGGUGAAGAUGAAAAGAGAGAAGCAAGUAGAAAUGCUAUUAGUAGUUCUUUUUUAGGUGCUUUAAAUGAAGUGAAAUUAAAACAUAGACCUUUUGAUGGAAGUGAUGGACGACGAUUUGGAGGUGGAUGGGGACAUUUUGACAGACGAAAUGACAGCAGAGGAAGGGGGGGUUUUGACAGACGAAAUGACAGUAGAAGAAGGGGGGGUUUUGACAGAGGAAAUAACAGUAGAGGGAGGGGAUAUUUUGACAGACGAGAUGACAGCAGAGGGAGGGGACAAUACAGAGAAUAUGGUAGGGACAGAGGAUUUGGAAAUUCAGAUAGAUUUGAUAAUUAUAGAGGGAGAGGAGGACAAGAACAUUUUGAAAGACAAGGAAGAGGUAAUUUCCGAGGAAAAUUCAGUAAUGUUCAUCAGAAUGCACCUAGAGAUUUCCAGAGGUCAGACCAUAGAGGUUUCCAGAGGUCAGACCAUAGAGGAAGUUCAUACAGACAAAACCAGUCGAACAUAAACAGAAAUGUAAAUUCCUACGCUGACAAUAAAGGUUCAUCAACAAAGACAGAGGAGAAAAUCCAUCCUUCCUGGGAGGCUAGUAAGAAGAGAAAGGAACAUUCAACGAUCCAAGCUUUCCAAGGAAAGAAAAUUAAAUUUGACGAUUAAACUCGAAAAAUUUAAAGUUUUUUUUUAAGUGAUCUUUCUUGACUUAUCUGAUUCACUUGGACAAUGUGAGAAAUUGUGCCUGUAUGCCUGUUUUCCAUUGAAAAAAAACUUUAAUGCAUUUUAAUUUUUUUUAUCAACUAAACGAAAAAAGUCAAACUUAGAAACAUCGUUACUUAGAUGGCCAUUACUAAAAUUAAUAGUAUU